AUGGAAGACACUGGAAGGCAGUGGAAAGCACUCGAAGACAGUGAAAGACACUGGAAGACACUGGAAGAUACUGGAAGACACUGGAAGAUACUGGAAGACACUGGAAGACACUGGAAGACACUGGAAGACACUGGAAGACAGUGGAAAACACUGGAAGACACUAGCAGACAAUGGAAGAUACUGGAAGGUAGUGGAAGACACUGGAAGACUGUGGAAAACAAUGGAAGACACUGGAAGAUACUGGAAGACCCUGGAAGACAGUGGAAAACACUGAUAGACAUUGGAAAGCACUGGAAGACUAUGGAAAACACUGGAAGACACUGGAAGAUAUUGAAAGACACUGGAAGGCACUGGAAGGCAGUAGAAAACACUGAUAGACACUGGAAAGCACUGGAAGACUAUGGAAAACACUGGAAGACACUGGAAGAUAUUGAAAGACACUGGAAGACAGUGGAAAACACUGAAACACACUGGAAGACACGGGAAGACAGUGGAAAACAAUGGAAGACACUGGAAGACGCUGGAAAACACUGGAAGACAAUGGGAGACACUGGAAGGGACUGGAAAGCACUCGAAGACACUGGAAGAUACUGGAAGACACUGGAAGAUACUGGAAGGCACUGGAAGGCACUGGAAGACACUGGAAGACAGUGGAUAACACUGGAAGAUACUGGCAGACACUGGAAGACGCUGGAAGACACUGGAAGGUACUGGGAGACAUAG